UUAUUCUUGUGCUCCAGCCCAGAACAGUUUCAAUGACGCCAAAAGUCUAAGCCCUGGAGGAAAGCAACUACCUCAGUGACUUGCAUCUUACAAGACCAAGAACAACUGGACAAAGAACUGACUGAAGCACUCAGGAAGUCUCUGAAGAAACGUUGAAGUGGCGAUGACCCCCUCAGACAAAGACCCAAACGGAGUAGACAAUCCCAGUUUUAUAACUGAUGAGGGAGGGCAUUAUUGUAACUUCACUGAAGCCGGUGCCACAGUUCCAGACUGUGAAGAAAAGCCGAAAGGCCGCAGCAAGGAUCGCAGCAGAAUUGCUUACACUGUCACAGAAAUCCCUCCAUGGUAUCUUUGCAUCUUCUUGGGAAUUCAGCACUACCUGACUGCGCUUGGAGGUCUCGUUGCCAUUCCUCUCAUCCUCUCCAAAUCGCUUUGCCUGGAGCACGAUGUCCUGGCACAGAGUCACCUCAUCAGCACCAUCUUUUUUGUCUCGGGAAUCUGCACCCUCCUUCAGGUCUUCUUUGGAGUCAGGCUACCUAUCCUACAAGGAGGGACAUUUGCCUUCUUAACUCCUACGGUGGCCAUGCUCAGUCUACCCAACUGGAAAUGCCCGGCAUGGACCCAGAAUGCCACCUUGGUGGAAGCUAAUUUUACAGACUUCACUGAGGUCUGGCAGACACGAAUGCGAGAGGUGCAAGGAGCCAUCAUGGUAGCUUCCUGCUUCCAAAUUUUUGUUGGUUUUUCUGGCCUUAUUGGAUUUCUGAUGCGGUUCAUAGGCCCUUUGACGAUUGCGCCAACAAUCGCUUUGGUGGCCUUGCCUCUCUUUGAAUCAGCAGGAGAAGAUGCAGGAAAGCAUUGGGGCAUAGCAGCCAUAACCAUUUUCUUCAUAGUUCUAUUCUCCCAGUACCUGAAAAAUGUGCCUGUACUGUUGCCAUCUUACAAGAAAAGCAAGAAAUGCCAUUUCUCCAAGAUCUACAUCUUUCAGAUCUUCCCAGUGCUGUUUGGCCUUACCAUUUCCUGGCUUUUAUGUUUGGUGCUUACCGUCACCAAUGUCUUCCCUUCGAACCCUGAUGGUUAUGGCUAUUUCGCUCGAACGGACAGCAAAGGGGAUGUUCUGUCUAAGGCGCCCUGGUUUCGGUUUCCUUACCCAGGUCAAUGGGGAGUUCCCACUAUCAGCGUGGCUGGGGUAUUUGGCAUCAUAGCUGGGGUGAUCUCCUCCAUGGUGGAGUCGGUGGGAGAUUACUAUGCCUGCGCGCGUUUAUCCGGUGCACCGCCCCCUCCCAACCAUGCAAUCAACCGUGGAAUUGGAGUGGAAGGGAUUGGCUGCCUUCUGGCUGGGGCCUGGGGAACAGGAAACGGCACCACUUCUUACAGUGAAAACGUCGGUGCUUUGGGCAUCACCCGGGUAGGGAGCAGGAUGGUCAUUGUGGCUGGAGGCUGUGUUAUGCUUUUGACGGGCAUGUUUGGCAAGGUUGGGGCUAUGUUUGCCAGCAUCCCAACUCCCAUCAUUGGAGGAAUGUUCCUUGUGAUGUUUGGUGUCAUUACUGCUGUGGGGGUUUCCAACUUACAGUAUACAGACAUGAAUUCUUCAAGAAACAUGUUCAUCUUUGGAUUUUCGAUAUUUAUGGGUAUGACAAUUCCCCACUGGGUAAAGAAAAAUGAAGACUUACUGGAAACAGGUAUUGUACAACUCGACCAGGUGAUCCAGGUGCUGCUAACUACAGGCAUGUUUGUUGGGGGAUUCCUAGGCUUUCUUCUUGAUAACACUAUUCCAGGGAGCAAGGAAGAACGGGGAAUCGUGGCCUGGAGAGAGUGUCAUAACGAGGAUUCUGACUGCACUGUUAAUACUUCAGACGUCUAUGAUCUACCCUUUGGAAUAGGUUCCAGGUUCUGUGCUGCUAACUGGUUCCAAUACCUCCCAAUGUGCCCCAAGCCGCCAGCUAGCCGCAGUGCAAAAGAACACAACAGUUAUGCACAGGAGAACAGCAUCAACAUGAAUUCGGCAAUUGACACAGAACUGAAUAUUGACACGAAGAUUUAAGACCAAACCGAUGGACAGAUGUGAUUUGCUAAACCAUUGAAGGAGCAUCUUUCUUUUGGCUGAUUCCAUGACAUUGAUACUGUGGCUGAAGGAAGAGACUACAUUUUGGCAGGCUACUCCAUGAUUUGACGCCAGCUCAGUGGGAAUUUGGAUGUCAAUUUCUUUGCAGCAAGAAUACAGGACCAGGUUGAGGAAUAGCCUGGUGAGGGAGUGGGGAGCCCAGCACUGCUCAUGGAGGAGAAUUUCCUUUCCACCCUGAGAAACUGGUGCCAAGAAAAUCUGGGUGUGGUUCUUGAAUUCUUGAGUAACUGGACAAGGUAGUCCCAUGGAACAAGGCUACUGGCCCAAGCCUCACUAAAGCCAGCUUCAACCAGACUGACCCAAUGCAGUCAUCUUAAUACUUUGCUGUUCCCCUACCUUUUAGUCUUUGGGUUUGUUGGGUCUGCAAAGUCUCUGGAGGAUUAACUGCUUCUUACAAUGUGUUAUUUAUCUGCUGCAAAUGGCUUCCGAAUUAAUCUGGGAUUCCAAGUAUAGCUUUAAUAUAAAAUUGUUGGGUCUGUGCUGCUUUCAGGCUUUCAUGAAAGCAGAAUAUGUGAGUAGCCAACACAGAUGCAUACCUUAUCUAGUCCAACCUUCCCCAACUUGGUGCCCUCCAAAUGUUUUGGAUUUCAACUCUCAAUAGCUCUAACCUGCAUGGCCAACGGCCAGGAAUGGUGGGGAUUUUAGUUCAAAACAUCCGGUUGGGGAAGGGGGAUUGGUUAAAUUCAUAUACCAUUGUGCCUUAUAUUUUAGAUCUAUCCAAGUGUAAGGAAUCAAUAAUGUGACCUCUGUGAAAUGCACAGGGAAGAAGGGCUUUUCAUAGCCUUCUUAUGUGUAGCUAUAACAGGAGCCCUUUUGUGUUUACUGCUGGCAUUAUCCAGAAGGGUUUUU